CACCCACUUAUUUUGUAGCCUGCCGUUGGGGAGUCACCAGAAGUUUAACGUUAGCGAAGCUCCACGAAAAUGUCUCAAAGGUGAAUGGAGAUGGCACAAUGAAAAAGACUUCGCUGGAGUAGUUUUGAUACGCUUACUUGUGUGAGGCUCGGGCUCCUACUUUGUUAGCCCACCUGCAUUCGGGGUGGCUCGUCUUGUAGAGAGGAACCGCUGUGGAUGCUAGCGAAGAUCGUUAGCCGCUAACUACCGCAGCUAGCGAGCUAACUAGCCGCUUCGCCCGAGUGAAGUGAACAAGUCGCGGCGUGUGAUGCUAACGACGCCGACGCUACUUUUGGAGGUCUACUGAGUUGUAUAUAUUCCUGGGAAGGAUUCGUUGCUGCCGGAGGUGGUGUUAUCAACACCGGUGCCAGCUGCUUUGUUGUGCUUCUCCCCUGCCCUGUCUUUAUUGUUGGCGGAACGACCUCACUGCACACCGUUGAGUCCAUGCACGCUAGCAACGGCUGCAGCCAGCUAGAGUGAUGUGUCACAUCAGCUACGAACCUAUUUGUUUUUGAACAUUUGUGAGUGGAUGCUGUCACUGGUACGAGCUUUGGGAGACCGACGAGGUUGUAUCAUCCCAUCUUGACGCCUGUAACGUUUAUAUUAACUGUACUUUCAUGUCGUGUCACCCGACAGCUAGUAGUCCCUCCAGAAGAACCAGACGCGGAGCAUGCAGGAGAAGAAAAGAUUUCCGAUAAGUAGAUAGGGGACGUCGGACACAACCGAGUUAAAUUGGACUGUGUGGUUAAUUUUACCACCAAACAGGGAUUGCAUUUGGUGACUGGACUGAAAGUAAAGGAUGAAGAAGUUUUCCAGAAUGCCAAAGUCCGAGAGCGGCGGGCUCGGAGGGGCGUCGGGCUCCAGCUCCGGAGUCAGCAGCUACUUCGGGAAAGUGUUUGCAGUCGGCCGGUAUCAAGUCACCGUGGAUGAGCUUGUUGCAGAAGGAGGCUUCUCAGUGGUGUUUCUGGCUCGUACGCACAGCGGUGUCCGCUGUGCUCUCAAAAGGAUGUAUGUCAACAAUGUCCCGGACCUAAAUGUCUACAAGAGAGAGAUCACUAUCAUGAAGGAGCUGUCGGGCCAUAAGAACAUUGUCGGCUACCUGGACUCCACAAUCAAUGCAGUGUCAGACAGCGUCUGGGAAGUCCUGAUCCUCAUGGAAUACUGUAAAGCGGGUCAGGUGGUGAAGCAGAUGAACCAGCGGCUGAAUGUGGGCUUCAGUGAGGCUGAGGUCCUCAACAUCUUCUGUGACACCUGCGAGGCCGUGGCCCGUCUGCACCAAUGCAAGACGCCUAUCAUCCACAGAGACCUCAAGGUUGAAAACAUCCUGCUAAACGACCAGGGAAGUUAUGUGCUAUGUGACUUCGGCAGUGCCACUCACAAAGUUUUGCUGCCACAUAAAGAUGGAGUGACAGCUGUGGAGGACGAGAUUAAGAAGUACACGACCCUUUCAUAUCGGGCGCCGGAGAUGAUUAACUUGUACGCAGGGAAAGCCAUCACCACUAAGGCUGAUAUAUGGGCACUUGGAUGCUUGUUGUACAAGCUGUGUUUCUUCUCACUUCCAUUUGGGGAGAGUCAAGUUGCCAUAUGUGAUGGAACCUUUAUCGUUCCAGAUAACUCCAAAUUCUCCUUCAAGUUACACUGUUUAAUCAGAUAUAUGCUCGAACCAGACCUGGAGAAGAGACCAGACAUUUACCAAGUGUCCUACUUUGCCUUCAAAUUAGCUGGAAAAGACUGUCCAGUGCCAAAUCUCUUUAACUCUCCCAUCCCUACGUCGCUCCCAGAGCCUUUAACAGCUAGUGAGGUUGCUGCAAGGAAAAGUAUGACAAAAGCCAGGAUAACAGAGUCUGUAGGCCCGACGGAAACAUCAAUAGCUCCCAGACAGAGGCCAAAAGCAGCUAACAGUAACGUCCUGCCCCUCGCCAACACUGUCACCCCUGUCAAGAUGGCCGUGCCUUCAGCACCCGUCAGCAAUGGCCAGAAAGCUCCCACCCCUGGCUCAGGGCAAACAUCCGUGCAGCCCCAGCCCAGCAGUCAGCAGCACCGAGUCCUGCAGCAGCUACAGCCUGGUGACCUGCGUUUACAGCAGCUACAACAACAUCACCACCAACAACCACAACAACAACAACAACAACAACAUCACCACCACCAACAACAACAACAAGCUGUGCAGCAACAUGCACAGCAACUCCAAUACCUCCAGUACCAACAGGCUGUGCAGCAAUCCCUCCAGCUUCAGCAGCAGCAGGCCCUACUCCAGCAGCAGCAGCAGCAGAUGAUGAUGCAGCCGAUGUACCAGCAGCAGGUUGCUCAGGCCCAGGCCCAGGCUCAGUACGCAGCCAUGCUGCACCAGUACCAACAGGCUUUUGUCCAGCAACAGCAACAACAGCAGCAUCAUCAACAACAUCAGCCGCAGCAGCAUCAUCCCGCUCAGCAGCCUCUCCCCUAUAUGUCCUCCCCUCUUGAGUUCCAGAUUCCGCUAGGUUCCUAUAAUGCGACUACGCCCACUGCUGGUGCUGGAACUGGCCAGCUGGGGGGACCAUCACCUGUGGAUCCCUCAUACACUAACCCCAGUAGAAACCCUCUGCUUGCUUCAGAUGGGCUCACGCCACCAUCUCAGAGCUGUAACAGUACAGUCAGUAACCCCCCCGACAUGUCGGGCUGGAACCCUUUCGGAGAGGACAACUUCUCCAAGUUGACCGAGGAGGAGCUGAUCGACCGGGAGUUUGACAUGCUCAGAGCAAAAAAGCCAGUGGAGAGAACAGCCAGUUUGGAAAUGGACCGACUGCAGCCUGCUGCCUGCACUGCCAAGCCCCCCCCACCAGAGGACCUGUUUGGCUCAGUCCCGUUUGUGGCCAGCGCAGGUACCAAUGUGAUAAAGACUGAGCAGACCAAUAAGGAAGUCAGCGUUCCUGCCCCCAUCUCAUCCACUGCAGAGGGCCUGCAGCAGCCGGUGGCGGCCAAGGAACACAAACCAGGCAAAAAGAGCAACUGCAGACCAGGUGAAGAGUCCGACAGUGACUUUGAGUCCGACCCUCCUUCGUCAAAAAGCAGUGAGGAUGAAGAGCCGGAGGAGGAAGAAGGCCUGAACAGUGAGCAUGGAGAAGACACUGAGCCAGAGAAUUUAGGACAGAGGCCUUUGCUGAUGGAUUCUGAAGAAGAGGGAGAGGAGGAUGAAGACCAGCACAGCUCUGAUUCCUACUACGACCCCAGCAGGGUCAAGAGUCGCUCAAAGAAAGCUCUGGCCGGUAAAGCCACUUCAGCCGCCACCAGGAGUCCUCAGAAGGAUUCUGACAUGACUCUGAUCACCCCUCCUGAGUCGCCCAGCGGAGUGAGAGCUGCUCCAGCUGUGGAUCCUGUGGAUGUUUUUGGUGCUGUUCCCUUCCUCGGAGGAGUCUCACCUGUCGGGCCUUCAGAAAGCUCGGACAUCUUUGCCAAAGCGCCUUUCAGGCAAGUCAGCCAUGAGCCGCAAGCUGCGGACGAGUUUGACGUUUUUACCAAAGCGCCAUUCAAUCGGAACCUCUCAAAGUCGGGCAAGAGUGGCAGUGAUGUUCCCAUGGGCCAAACGCCGCCCAUUUCCCCUGAGGGCAUCGACAUUUUCGGCUUCUCUCCCUUCCAGCCAGGCCCCACCGAACCGCCCCCCACCACCUCUAGAAGCGCAGAAGAUAUCUUCCGGCCAUCUUUUGAGGAGUCAGCCAGCCCUCAGCAACAGAGGCUGAAGCAGCGCAGCCUCCAGAAGCUGUCGUCACGCCAGAGAAAAACCAAGCAGGAGGCCACAGCAGGCGGCAGCAACGGCAAGCGCCACCACAGUACGCCAACUGGAGGCCGCAAGACCAACAAGCCAACUUACCGCACACCUGAGCGAGUCCGCAGACACAAGAAGGUUGGCCAGAGAGACUCGCAGAGCAGCAACGAGUUCCUUAGCACCUCUGACUCUAAAGAGAACAUCAGUGUUGAUAUAACAAUGGCUGAAGGGAAAGACAAAGGAGCUUCUCUGCCGGUAGAUGAGGCCCUUUUAGACCCGUUUGGAGCCAAACCAUUCCAUCCUCAGGAUGGCAGCCGGCACGGCCAGUUUCAAGGACUCGCUGACAGCAAGAGCGACAUGGGCACAGCCAAUGGCAAGUCCUGGACGGGUUCUCUUCACGGUGAUCUUGGAGAAAGCAGAAACAUGGAUGAUUUCGGGGCGGUGCCCUUCACAGAAAUGGUCAUCCACAGUGGACCUCAGCAACAGCCGCCACCGCCAUCCUCACAGCCGCUGGAGCUCGACCCGUUCGGAUCAGCACCUUUUCCCUCGAAGCAGUGACUUUUCUUGCAUCUUCCCGCUCUGCCAGUUGCUGUUAAAUAACCCCUGAGCUUUUUUGGCUUGGGAACAUCUUCAAUCAUGAAAUGACAAGCUAACAAUGUCCUAACGCUUCUUUAAAAAACAAACAAACAUUUUAAUACAUCUCUCAGUUUCAAUAACAAAAACCUAAAUCCUGUGGAGUGUGAGUAAUGUUUCCACAUAUCUUUCAGCUGUACCUGUUUGCUGAGAAGCCUUUUAUGCUGCAUCUUAACGCUUGUAAAGACGUUUGGACCGGGAGAAACGGAAAACCCACUCAAAAAUCGUACUGUGAUGAUAAGCUUAACGUUUGACCGCUUGACUCACUGCAAAAAGCUCUUUAUGGCCUGCCUUCUGAUCUACCAAUAUGUUUUUUUUUAGCACCACAAAGCCUUAUCCGAGCUGGGCUCUGCCUUGCCGCACAGUACCUCGGAAACCACGACACAGUCGGCCCGUGUUGGCCUUUCAUGUCGGUGGAAUCGUUUGGGAGUUGACCUUAACCACUUUGUUUUAUCUUGAUUAGACCUUUCUCUAUGCAUAAUUUCACAGUAGUCUUUACGCAGCCAAAUGUGGCUGUGAUAUGUGUUUGUUACACUUUGAAUACUAGAAGGGAUCGAAUUUUAUUGUACUUCCUUUAAAAGGAUCUCUUAAUUGGGUCAGGUUUAAAUUUAGGGUCUUAACUGUUUUCUUAUUUUCUAGCAGUAAACCUCUAUGUACCGUUAACUUUCUUUUUUAUUAAGUUACAACUCAACACAUUCUGUUAAAAAUAAGGAAGAAAUAAAACACAAAGCCACAUUAGACCACUAGUCUAGGUUUGUGUUUCAAGAACUUUGACCCCAACAGAAACUCGCAAGCUGUACUGCUAUUUUCUCAACAAUGUAAGUGCUGCUAACAUUAGAUGUGGUAACCAUUGAUUAAAGGAUAAGACUGGCGGUAUUCUAUACAUUCUGUUAUUGUCAACAAAUCUCAGGAAAAGACCAAAACCAACAAUGUGUUACUGACUUUCUUACCCCGUCUGUGGCUACCAAGCCCAUUGGUUUGUACUGAAGAUGCAGUUUUCUUACUAACGUUACUCAAACACAAGGAGCUGUGGAUUAAUAUAUAUUUGGUGCUUUAUGGCACAGAGGAAUAAGUUAUAACAGGCUUUGGAUACACACACAAUACUUGUUAAUGUCAUGUUAUUUGCUGACAAUAACAGUACAGAAUAUCACCAGAGAUAGUCUUUAUCACAGGUCUUUCCGCUGCAGAAUGUGAAUUGGUGUAUUCAUAAAGGGAAAAUCCAUUCAGAAACCAACGGAGAAAAUGUUAUCAGGUCAUUUGUUUUGUUUUGAUGAAUGCACUUUUCAGUGCUGAAUUCUUCCAUGAACUAGUUCUCUGUGCGCUCUACAUUGACGGCCUUAAGCACUGCAUUAACCUACACAACCAUUGGCACAUUUGUUUGAAUUAAACCUGCAGGUUGCUGUGUUUUUAAUCAGUGGAACCAUUUGAUACAACUACUUUCCAUCUUUUUUUUCCCCACAAGGGUAAAUCUUAUAUUGUAUUUAUCAUGCUAUACUGCUGUUUGAUGCAAUAAAAAAAAGUCAUCUCACUGCA